AUGGUUGCCAACGAAGAAGACUUCACGCCUUAUGACCCUAUUCGAUGCGCACACUACGCCCGUUUUGCUUCACAUCUUGACAGAUGGCAAUUCGAUCUCCUUUACUGGCUCCUCUUCGUCUUCAACUUGUUUAUUCUGUUUCUUGCAGCAUGGGGAUACACUCGGACAUUAGAUGCCGUUGCGGACCUGCCACCGACAGACUCAAAACGAAAACAGGCAAUUAGACGGUGUAUCUGGUUCAGUUUGGGAUGCGUGUGUGUCUCUUUGGUAACGGUCAUCAUGGAGGUUUUCACUUUGAUGGCCUUGCAGUUUUGCGACGGGGAAGAUCUCAUGUCACUUUACUGGUCGACUUUCACCAUGAUCCAGGUCGGAUCUCUCAUCGCCGUGUGCGGAGUCAUUCUGGCUUUGGUGCACUCUUUGAGACAACGCAGAAACCCACCUUGGGCUCUGGCUCUCGGCACACCGGUUCUCGUCAUCGCAGGCCUGUUCCACUACCUUCACGGCUGCAUCACUAGGAGGGUUAAGAGGGCCGCCAAUGCUAGGAAGAGGAAGAUGAGCGACGCCAACACGUUGCCAAUGAGCCAAGUAAACACCAUUCAAGCUGAAGCCUCUGAUGAGGACGAGGGUAUUCAGGGAGCCGAGAUUAUCGGGCUCACAAUGGACGGCGGCCCAAUCAUCCACUUCAAGGACGCCGUGCCAUACAGCAUGCCCGACUCGAGCGAGAUCAUUGGGCGCUGCUCCAACGACAAGCCUAUUGUUGUCUGCCGGCGCGAUGGCUUCCAGCUAAUCUACAACGGCACGGACUCGAGAGCGCCAUCCCCUAAUCCGGCUACCAAGCCUGGUGCCAGUGGUUGA